CGGGGGCACCCCCGGGGCCCGGCCCGCCCGGGGCUUGCCGCGGGCCCGCACCGAUGCUUGUGCACAGCUACCCGGGCAUGGACCGCGCUGAGGGGCUGCCCGGGGCGCCGGCCGGGGCCCGCCUGCCGCAGCUGCCCUCGCUCAACCAGGCGCCCUACGGCUCGGCGCCGCCGCUCUGCCACACGCCCGCCGCCGACUUCCAGCCGCCCUACUUCCCCCCGCCGUACCCGCAGCCGCCGCUGCCCUACCCACAGGGCCAGGAGCCCGCUUACCCUCACCUGGCGGACCCGUACGCGGCGCUCAGCCCUCUGCACCAGCACCAGCAGCCGGCCUGGCCCCCGCAGCGCGGCCGGCAGGACGAGCCGGGGCUGCUCUCGCAGACCCACCGCGCCCUGGGGCUCGACCCUCGCCGCGAGUACCCCGCCGUGCCCCGCCUGCUCCACGGGCUGCCCGACGGCGGCCACGGCCUCGCCGACGGCCCGCUGGGCCUCCACGGCCUCGGCCACCACGGCCUCGAGGACAUCCAGGCCGUGGACGACGGCGGGAUGAACCUGCUCGAUCAGUCCGUGAUCAAGAAAGGCUGGCUCAGGUGCUCCGAUCACCUGCUGCUUGCGGGAACAGGAAAGCAGCAACUGAAGAUCGAGGGGGACUUUUGGUUUACUCAGAUGACAAGAGACAAUUUUGGUUCCCCAAAAGCCAAGGAAACAAAGCUGUCAGGCUUUAAUGGUAGCUUGUCUCCCUCCUGCAGCAUGUUUAUGGGCAAACAAGCUGCAGAUCAGACCAGGCAAACAGCAGCAGUGCCCAUCCCCUCGAAGGCCAACGGCACCACCAUCUCCACCCUGUCCAUGAACAAAGACGGCCUCAUCGGAGGGGUCACGAAUCCCAACGAGGUUUUCUGCUCCGUGCCCGGCCGCCUCUCUCUCCUCAGCUCCACCUCCAAGUACAAGGUGACGGUCGGGGAGGUGCAGAGGAGGCUCUCGCCCCCCGAGUGUCUCAACGCCUCUCUCCUCGGCGGGGUCCUCCGCAGAGCCAAAUCAAAAAAUGGAGGUCGGUGUUUAAGGGAAAGAUUAGAGAAAAUUGGACUAAAUCUACCUGCAGGAAGGCGCAAAGCUGCCAACGUCACCCUGCUCACAUCCCUCGUGGAAGGUGAAGCCAUUCACCUGGCUCGGGAUUUCGGCUACGUCUGCGAAACGGAGUUCCCGGCCAAGGCGGCGGCAGAGUACCUGUGCCGGCAGCACUCCGACCCCACGGAGCUCCACACCAGGAAAAACAUGCUGCUGGCUACCAAGCAAAUUUGCAAGGAGUUUGCAGACCUGAUAGCCCAGGACCGCUCCCCGCUGGGGAACAGCCGCCCCUCGCUCAUCCUGGAGCCCGGAGUCCAGAGCUGUUUGACUCAUUUCAGCCUCAUAACCCACGGCUUCGGGGGCCCGGCCAUCUGCGCCGCCCUCACCGCCUUCCAGAACUACCUGGUGGAGUCCCUCAAGGGGCUGGAUAAAAUAUUCAUGAACAGCACGGGGAACGGGCACACGACCGGGGACUCCAAAGCGUCAGACAAAGAGGUGAAGCAUCGGAAAUAACAGCGCUGCCUCCCCCGGUGGGAGCUUCCCCCGGGCACCAGCGGUGGCUCCAGGGGGAAAGGUGACCCAGAGCACUGUUUUGUGAACUGCUGAGUUUGAACGUGUGGGGAAACUCGUGAAGCAAACAAAGAAAAGACAGGAAAAAAAGAAGACUUAAAAAAUUUAAGAAGAAAGCAGUGCUAAUGAACGUAGUGACACUGAGAGAAGCCAGGCUGAUGGCUUUGGGGUUUUGCCUUUUUUUUUUUUUUUUUUUUUUUUUUUUGUAACGUGGAUGCAGGAAGCCAAGUCAUGUGCAAUUUGAUUUUAUUUUGCUUUUUAAAAAAAAACCCAUAGUGAAAUCCUGACGUGCUCCAGGAAUUUGUUCCAACUGAAAAACUGAGAGGAAAGAGCAAAAGCCUCGUCAGUGCAAGACCCAGAGCAGGAGCAGCCGAGGGCAGGGGGACAGAGCCCUGGCUCUACCUGGAUUUAUCCGCUGGUUUUGAGGCAAACACCCAGGAAAACUUCACAUUUCCCCACCCACAGCCCAGCCCUGACACCAGGCCAAGGAAAACUGCUGGCAGAACUGCUGUGGAUUUAAAGCAGGUCCAGGCUUUGUUUACAGCUUCAAACUGAGACUCACUGUGGAUUUUCCCGUGGGCUGAGGAGCCCCAAGCCACAGCACGAGGGAGGAACAACCACACAGCCAAGGGGUCCCAGGGCAGGAUGGAGGGGAUCCUGCCCUCCUGGCUGGGGAGAAGGCAGGUGAAGUUAAACCCAGGACUAAAUAAAACUCCACAACCCACAGAUAACAGCACACAGGUUUCGAAAAUUAGUAAUAAUAAAAAAUAAAGCACAAGGAGCAGAACUUGAACCAGGCCAAACGGAACUCUUCUAAAUCUGUAUAUAUUUAUUUAUGUGUAAUUAAAAUCUGAAAGUUUUAAAAUGUCCAGUGCAAGUUAUUUAUAUCAAAUUGAGUUGGGUUUUUUGGUUUGCCUUUUUUUUUGUUUGAUUGUUGGUUUGUUUGUUUGUUUUGGGUUGGGUUUUUUUUCUUUUGAAAGAUGAAAAUCUUUGGAUUUUCUGCCAUUCUGAAAUGGGAAUGAAGUUUUGGAUCCACCAAACUGUAGCAUGGACAAGCUAGGCUGUGAUGAUGAUGACUCUAGAAGUUCUGCAGGAUUUUGUACUUGCUGUUGUUUCUCUUAAUGCUGCAAUAGAUGUACAACACCCACACUACAAUGUCAUUCUCAUUCUCUUAAUAAACCUCUUUUUAUUUGAAGAAAGCACCUCCAUGGUCUUUGUGAGAAGGAUCCUUCGCCUCUAUGGUUGUAUCUUAAAAGGGAUGGUAUAGGUUAUUAUAUGGAAAUUAUAUAAAAUUGCAGAGAUUUAAAAAAGAAUUCUCCAGUUUCAUGGCUGGGGGUUGAGUGCUGCCACAAAGAGAGCUUGGGGGUGACAGGAGCUGGUGUUCCUGCCCGCUGUCCCCAGCCCUCGUGCUGAGCCAGCUGGCGCCACUGGAGAUGAAUGAGUUUGCUGAUGUUUCAGAACUACUCAGGGUAGUCAAAUCUAAACCUGUCUGUGAGGAGCUGCAGAAGGACUUCAUGGUAUUAGUGAUAAAACAGAAGAUAAAACAGCCCCACUGAUCCCCAGGCAAUGAAGCUCCAAAUUAGUUUUGUUUGUGG